AUGGCACCCCUGGCCAGCUGGGCACCUCAGAUGAGAGCUACCCCCAGGCUAGUACCAGCAGCUCAGCUGCCAGCAACAGCUCCACCAUCUGCAGUUGGCUCACUUGCUGCUGCUCCCCGGCACCCAGGUCUGAUCACCCAGAUAGCAGUGGCAGUGGGCUCUGCUGUUGGGUGCAUGCUGGGUCAUGCCGUCAUUGGGAGUGUCAGUGGUGGGAGUGAUGCUGAGCCAUCAAGGCCUGAUUUCACUUACCAGGAGCCUCAGGGAGCCCAGCCCAUAUACCACCAGCAGCAGCAGCAGUUUGGCCUUUGCCGCUAUGAGCUGAAACAGUUUUUAGAGGGUGCCCAGAACCAGGGUGACCUUUAG